UGUGCUGUUGUUUCCGGUUCUAAAAAAUUUGGCAUUUCAUAUAAUGUGUGAUGUAUAACAGCUAUCGACAGACUUCACCUGGGGUUACCCCAGGCAACCUUACCCUCGAUGAAAACCAGGCUCUAGGGAUACUAAAACAUUUAGAUUUAGAUGAACUACAGAGACUUCAUGACAGUGAAGGAAAGCUUGAUGACUUGGUCAAUGAUCUUCAGCAGGUCAAAAGCCUACAGAUCGACAGAGAGAUGUGCUUAACUAGUAACAAAAGUUUAGCAGAGUUCAACAUUUCCCGCCAACCACGCUUUACGCAAGGCAUAAAACAGUUAGCUGCGAUGUAUGAGGAAGCGGCUACAUUACGUAAAUCUUACGAAAAGAAUAAAGAAAAAUUAGAUUUUCUUGCUGCCGAACAGUCAUUGGACACAACAUUGGCGCUACUGCAGACAGCAGCUGCAGAAUCAGAGGAAAAUUCAGAGGAGCUUGCAGAUAACUUUCUGGAUGGAAAAGUAGACUCAGAUACAUUUGUGGAGGAAUAUAUUCAGUUACGUAAAAAGACGCAUCUUCUUAAAGUUAAAGCUGAAAAAAUGCCUGGACUAAUUCAACAGCAAAAUUCUCCCGCUAGGGCGAGUCGACAAAAUUCAGGACAAGUACCUGGCCCAGUGGCGGGAACCAAUCAGGCACCUGGAAAUAGUUACGGGCAACCCCCAUAUCCCGCAAACACUUACCCAGGAGCAAUGCCAAAUCUGAGCAAUUAUAGAUAAUCUACAGUGCCAACCAUUGCGGUGCAAUAUCUCAGUACAACUGUAUAUAAAAACUGUUGGGAGUUAAAGAGUAUGUCCUGUACCACAUGUGCAGGCCUGUAGCCAGGGAGGGGGUCGAUUGGUUUGAGCGAACCCCCCCCCCCCUGGCCAAAAAUUCUUUCAAAAUCAUGCAGUUUUUCAUCAUUCUGAGCACUCUUUAAGUGUUUUUGGCCAUUUUGUAACCAAAAUUUUCAAAAGUGAACCCCCCUGGAAUUUUUCAAAAGGUGAACCCCCCUUGGCAAAUUCUGGCUACAGGCCUG